AUGACCUACAAUUUCCUGUUUCCUCCUUACCAAAAUCGAUCAGAGAAAAGAGGAAAACAAGAAAUCAAUGAAGAAACAAAAGAACACGGAAAACAAGAAAUCAGUGAAGAAACAGAAGAACAUGGAAAACAAGAUAUUAAAAUGAAAAAUGAUGAUGAUAAAGAAGAAACAUUUCACUCUUAUCAAAACAAGAAUGAUACAUUAAUUAAUGAACAUCAAAGUGGUGAUAAUAUGAAUGGAGGAAAACAAGAAAUCAAUGAAGAAACAAAAGAACACGGAAAACAAGAAAUCAGUGAAGAAACAGAAGAACAUGGAAAACAAGAUAUUAAAAUGAAAAAUGAUGAUGAUAAAGAAGAAACAUUUCACUCUUAUCAAAACAAGAAUGAUACAUUAAUUAAUGAACAUCAAAGUGGUGAUAAUAUGAAUGGAGGAAAACAAGUAAUCGGUGAAGAAACAAGAGAACAUGGAAAUAAAAUUCUAAUAACAAUUCAUAUAAAAAAAAAUUCUAAAAUUAUAUUCUUAGUUAAAAAAUGUGCUAUUAAUCUUUUUAAAUAUCUUAAUUUUAAUAUAAUGCAGAUAAUCAAUACGCAUAUAAAUACAUCCUAUAAAAUAGUUAAUGAGUUCAAAAUAAUAAAAACCCUUCAGUGUGCUGAGAUUCAUACUUCAUUCUCAUUCUGUGAUAAUUCUGAGGAAGCAGUUACAAGGGCAUAUAAGUACAACUUUGUGUCAGACAUUACUCUAAAAUGGGAAAAUACGGUCUUGUUAGCAGAGGAAUAUUCAUCAGAAGAAAACAAAGGAAGCUCUCCUGCUUGA